GGCGUUUAUUAAGUCCCGUAAAGAAGAAACACGCAUCCUUUCUCUCACCACGAUGUCAGACCCUAGUAUUGCUUUCUAUGGGUUUCAGCCCGUUCCCAGGGAUCCAGACGUCCUCUUCCGGGACCACCCUACAGCCAGCGGUGACAAUCCUAAGCAGGAUCUCUUCGUCAUAAACGAUUUCCCCCUUCCAGAUAGUCCGUUAGUUCAGAAAGUAAAAGACUUCGUCAGCGAACAUCUAGACGAACAGACUUUUAACCACAGCAACAGAGUCUACGUUUAUGGUGUUGCCCUGACUCGCACCCAUUUCCCUGCAUGGUCUUAUGACCUUGAAACGUAUUAUCUUGCAUGCCUUCUUCAUGAUAUCGGCACUGCCGACCGGUUUCUCUCCACCACGAAGCUGUCUUUUGAAUUCAAGGGCGCCAUUGUUGCCCGUGAUCUUAUCUUGCAACUUGGAGGCGCUGAAGACCAGGCAGACAGUGUCUGUGAUGCCGUCGUGCGGCACCAGGACAUCUUUGUCAAAGGUGGCAAUAUCACUAUGAUCGGGCAAGUUCUGCAACUUUCAACUAUUCUCGACAACGUGGGCCUCCGUGCAAACCUCAUUCAUCCUAAACUCGUUGAAACCACGACGGCGACCUUUCCACGUAGAGGCUGGUCAGAGCAUUUUGCCCUCGUGGUUGAAAAGGAGCUUUCUCUCAAGCCAUGGUGUCAUACAUCUUCCUUUGAAGUUCCCAAUUGGAAGGAAGGCAUCCCAAGUAAUUUCGCCGGAGAUGUUAGGAGAAAUGAGGUAAUGAGAUCGUUUGAUUGAGCGGCGUUCCGUCCUUCAGUGACUUCGAAUGAAAUGUCGUCGAUUGCGAAGCUAUAUUCUUGAUAAACGAACCCCGAGACUUCUGGUAUCGCUUUCUAACUUAUUUCCGCUUGUAUUCUGCCGCGAAACACGGUGUUGUCCGCGGAGCUUCCCGCUUCUUGAUAUAGUACCCAUACUUAUCCUAACAAUUUGGAAGCUUUCGAGGUAUUACAAUUGUAAACUUGUAAAUUAUAGGACUGGAAACAUUGACGUCAAAUUGUAGUAGUGCUUGGCUCUUUUUCGUCGCCCUGAUGUGUAGCUAGUACUCAGUUGUUUGCUUGCUCAAC